AUGGCGACUAAAUCUCAAUCCUCUGAGAUAUCGAAUCCUCCAUCACAAUUUACAAAUCUAUAUGCGAAUGGAUAUUAUAUGAGUGAAAAUGUCGUUGGCUCACCAGGAGCCAUACCCGACGUUAUUGCUCACUCUGGAAUACCACCGUUAAUUGUCAGCUUUGCGAUUAACGCCAUAAUGCAAGGUUCACUGCUCUUUGCAUUUAUGACAUUGAUACAGCAAGCUCGUAUCAUUUUAUUCGCCAACAUCGAUAUCUAUCAAUCUAAGGGAAAAAAUAAUGAUGAAGAAUUACCUAUGCUUCCACCCAUAAGCUUACAAGAAAUUGAUGAGAAAAAUGAAGAAGAUCAGUCAGCAGUAAAUUGUAGCUCAAUUGGUGGUAUAUUUCUACCCACUAUUGGCCAGUAUAUGUUCAGCAUUCUCGUCGUAUUUAUUCUGAUGGGUGCCCUUGUUGCUGAUACUUUAGGAGCGUCACAGAGUUUAGCAUCAGUGAUGAAGAUCAAGCCAAUCUAUGUUGUUCCAUUCUUUCUUUGGUUAUCGGCAAUCCUACCAAUUAUUUUUGUUCGGUUUUUUUAUCUAUCGCUUCCUAUCCUGAUUCUUAUUAAAUAUAUCUUAGUUAUUACCAUAAUUAUAGGUGCUCUAUGCGCUGGAAAUAAGAUCAACAUCGAGCCGCAUACAGACUGGAAAUAUAUUGGCUCUCCAAUGCUCUUUAUAACCUGCACUUUAGGAGCAUACGAGAUUUUGUCACCAUUUGUUUUCGUCCAUAUAAAACUAACAAAGAAAGAGAUAGUAGCGGAGGUACGAUGCGUUAGUUAUGGUAGAUCAGCGAAUUAUGUUAAGAGGAUAAUAAUAUCUGCUGGCGAUAAAAUAUUUAGUAGCAAUCAUUAUUGGGCAUACGCGGUUUUACGAAUAGUUCCUCAAACUUGCCAAGAUGUUCCACAUUCGUGGGAUAGUCAAUUUAGCAUAGCGGAUAAUUCAACUCAUCCAAAUUGUAAUAUUUCGCUCGCCUGGGCCCAUCGUGAAGGAGUUGUAUGCGCAAUACCAAUGUUACGGAUUGUUCGUGCCUACUACCCAGAGUACGACUGGAUUGCUGUAUUAAGUGCCAUUACCUUAUUUUUGAUGAUGACACUAAGUUAUAUCUGUAAUACUUUGACUAUGGCCAAUGUUAUUGCAGGCAUUAUAAUGUCUUCGCAAGAAAAGUUAUGGGGAAAAAUACAAUAUAAACAUGACGAAAAUACUACCCAGAGUUAUAUACGUAAAGACAUUUAUAGUAUAACGGGCUACCUUAUUAUUACCACCUUGAUAUUUUUAGCAGCCUUUUUCAAUCCAAGGGCAUUUAUUAUCAUUCUUCAGUAUGGAAUGACAACCGCAAAUAAUAUUAUUGGAGGAAUACUAGUACCAAUUAUGGUCAUUCGAUCUUAUUUUAGCCUUGCCAGACAUUUGGCAAUACCAGUGCCUAUGAAUAUAGCUAGUUACAUUUUAUUCGGAAUAUCAACACUCUUUUUCUUAUCGCAAUUAAUUUAUGCUAUUGUAGCACUUGCUAGCUAA